GGGUUGUAGUGACGCGGCUAUCCAAUGGGCACCGGCUUCCUCUGGACCGAACGAAGCAUCUCUUGUCUCAGCGGCACUUUUGCGCCAGACAAGUAGGGACGGUCUCUCACUCAGCACUCAAGAAGAAGAAGAAAACAGGGAAUUACUGAGGUGUAUUUGGCAACGAAGACUCAUCUUUCUCUUCUUCCCCCCCUCAUUAACACGCUGGUUCGCAAAGAUGAACGUUGGCUGCGUCAUCUUGGCGUGCACCUUACUUGUGGGCGCAUCCUCGGGGAGUAAGGCAGGCCAGCUCCUCAAACCCCCAUGCAGACCAGGCUUCUCCAGAACUUCUACACGGUGAUUGUCUCCAGAGAUGUGCUGCACGGCCAGAGCAUCCUCAAAGAUACCACCCUGUCCAGCGAACGUGUGAAGUUUGAGGACUGCCAGCGCAGCAGAGAGGUGGGCUUUUUCAGCAGUGACCCCAACUUCAGUGUGAGGCCUGAUGGGACGGUAUAUGCAGAACAGGAGGUGGCCAACCUGUCAGAGCCGGUCCAGUUCAUGGUAACGGCCCGAGGGCUCCACGACCCCCACAUCUGGGAGACCACGGUUAAACUGGCCCUCGCUGGACAUCCUCAUCCUUUACCACUCACAAAGAUUGGUAUUGAAGAAAUGCUGUCAAGAGUCUGGGAGUCCCAACCCCGAGUUAUCAAGUUUCCCCGAAAACAUCAGAGGGGCUCCUCUUCCAAUGGGCUCAGGCGACAGAAGAGAGACUGGGUCAUUCCACCUAUCAAUGUACCUGAAAACUCCAGAGGACCCUUCCCUCACAUGCUUGUCAGAAUCCGCUCAGAUCAGGAUAAGGAUGUUGGCAUCCGCUACAGCAUCACCGGAGCAGGCGCUGAUCAGCCCCCGAGUGGUAUCUACAACAUAGAUCCCAUCAGCGGCAACAUGUUUGUCACCCAACCCCUGGACAGAGAGGAGAGAGCCUCCUUCCAUCUACGCGCCCAUGCAGUGGACAUGAACGGAAACCAGGUGGAGAAUCCGAUUGAUCUGUACAUCUACGUGAUCGACAUGAACGACAACAGGCCUGAGUUUCAGAACCAGGUGUACAACGGCUCUGUGGCCGAAGGCUCCAAACCAGGCUCAUCUGUGAUGCAGGUGACAGCCACAGACUCCGACGACUCCACCACGGCGAACGGCAUGGUGCGCUAUCGCAUCCUCUCACAGACGCCCCACAGCCCCAUCCCCAACAUGUUCACCAUCAACAGCGAGACUGGAGACAUAGUUACAGUGGCAGCCGGCCUGGACAGAGAGAAAGUAUCUCAGUACACCAUCAUUGUGCAGGCCACCGACAUGGAGGGAAACCUGAACUUUGGACUCUCCAACACAGCUACAGCCCUCAUUUCUAUCACCGACAUCAACGACAAUCCUCCAGAGUUGACAGUCAGGACGUUUUCUGGGGAAGUGCCAGAGAACAAGGUGAACGUAGUGGUGACCAACCUGACGGUGGUGGACAGAGAUCAGCCCCACAGCCCCAACUGGAACGCCGUCUACCGCAUCGUCAGCGGAGACCCGUCUGGACACUUCACUAUCCGGACUAACCCCAUCACCAACGAAGGCAUGCUGACAGUGGUCAAGCCGGUGGAUUUUGAGAUGAAUCGAGCCUUCAUGCUGACCGUGGUGGUGUCCAACCAGGCCCACCUGGCCAGCGGCAUCCAGUCCUCGCUGCAGUCCACGGCGGGUGUUACUAUCUCCGUUCAGGACGUGAACGAGCCACCCGUCUUUCCCGUAAACCCCAAGACGAUCCGCUUUGAGGAAGGUGUGCCGGCAGGGACCACUCUUACCGUGUUUGCUGCACAGGACCCCGAUCACUUCGUCCACCAGAGUGUCAGGUACUCAAAGUUAUCAGACCCAGCUAACUGGCUGAAGAUCAACAGGACUAAUGGUCAGAUCACCACCAUGGCCCUGCUCGACCGAGAGUCCAUGUAUGUGAAAAACAACGUGUACGAGGCCACAUUCCUGGCAUUCGACUCUGGCUCCCCUCAAGCCAGCGGGACUGGAACCCUCCAGAUAUACCUGAUCGACGUGAACGACAACGCGCCGGUGCUGAUUCCCCGCGAGGCUCAAGUGUGCGAGCGUGCACGCCCCAACUCCAAGAUCAACAUCACAGCUUCAGAUGCCGAUGCCGACCCCAACGUGGGGCCGUUUGUCUUCGAGCUGCCUUCUUUUCCCGCCAGCGUUCGUCGCAACUGGACCAUUUCCAGACUGAGCGGUGAUUAUGCUCAGCUGAGGUUAAGGAUUCCUUACCUGGAGGCAGGAGUGUACGAGAUUCCCGUCAUCGUGUCAGACUCGGGAAAUCCUCCGCUGACCAAUCGCUCCGUGAUCAGGGUCAAAGUGUGUCCCUGUGAUGACAACGGCGACUGUAGCGCCACAGGAGCCGUGGCUGCCGCCGGCCUCGGCACCGGGGCCAUCAUCGCUAUACUCAUCUGCAUCAUCAUACUACUCAGCAUGGUUCUGCUGUUUGUGGUGUGGAUGAAGCGCAGGGAGAAGGAGCGGCAGGCGAAGCCCCUUCUGAUCGACCCUGAGGACGACGUCAGAGACAACAUCCUCAAGUAUGAUGAGGAGGGAGGAGGAGAGGAGGACCAGGACUACGACUUGAGCCAGCUGCAGCAGCCCGAGUCUCUGGAACACAUCAUCAAUAAGCCGUCGGGGGUGCGCAGGGUGGAUGAGAGGCCUGUGAUUGCAGAGUCGCAGUACCCAGUCAGACCCAGCCUGCCCCACCCCGGAGACAUAGGAGACUUCAUAAAUGAUGGUCUGAGGGCAGCAGACAACGACCCCACCGCUCCUCCCUACGAUUCCCUGCUGGUGUUCGACUACGAAGGCAGCGGAUCGACCGCCGGCUCUGUCAGCUCACUCAACUCCACGAGCUCAGGAGACCAGGACUAUGACUACCUCAACGACUGGGGCCCUCGCUUCAAGAAGCUGGCCGACCUCUACGGAGGAGGGGACGAUGACUGAGAGCGGGGCAGGGGGCGGGGCGGGGCUGCAGCAGGGGUCAGGAGAGGCGGGACUGGUUGGAUGGACGUUCCUAUAGACUACAGGCAGGGGCCCACAACAUGAUGCCGGCUCCAUGGUACACAUGUGAGGAAUGGACCCUUUACACGGGCUGCAGUAGUUUGCUCACAGCAACCAAGCCCGCAAACAUGAAUUCCGCUGCAACGCAACUGUAUUCUGGCUUUAUACUUUGUAGUGGCGAGUUUGUAGUGUGAUUUGGUUCCUCUUUGUUUUUUGUCGUUCUCUCACCGCGCUGGACCCAGGCGUCUCUGGGGACGAAUCAAGGCGGUCGUGAGAGGCACGAGUAGUGAAUUUGUGCUUUGAUUGAUUGUUCAAAACAAACCCAUCUCUUGCUUUAGUCUCACACUGAAGAGAAUGUUUCCGGGAAGUUGCUCUCUGACUCUCUCUUUAACUCUGUCAACUUGAAUUUCCUUAGAACAGAAGCACUGUCAUUUUAUAAAGUGCCUUUUGUGGUGUGUUUUUUGUAUCAGACUCCUGCUAUCUCAGGAUCGGUUGCCAUUCGUGCAGUACAGUGGAGGCGCGUUCUCUCGUCGCCCCUCCGCGCUCCUCAAACCAGCCCUGCCUGUCACUCUCCUCUCUCUUUCACAGUGGUGCACAUGAACAACCCCAGCAGCCAGUCCCAGGAGGGAAGGACAGAACCAGGGCAGACUAUCGGACAUCAUAACCCAAUGAAUUAUGGCCUGAAAGAAGCCAAUAAGAGCUGUUGUGGAGAAGACCACCGUCCUCCCCAAGGACCUGCUCAGUUUGACUUUCACAAGCAUCACCUGUCGACACGGCGACAGCAACACGCUGACGUUGUGUGAGACCAUUUUUAUACAAAGUGAGGGUUUUAUAAUUUAGUGGAGAAUGCCUGCCUUUCCUCUUUGGACUCAUGACUUUAGGAGCCUUUGUGUUGAGACGCUUGCCUGCCCUGUAUGGUUUUGUGUUGCUUUCUCCACAGUGUAAAGCUUAUGUAGGCAUGAUCUGAUUAGUCAGACAGUGUAAGAAAGUGGAACUUGAAAUGACUUGGAACAACGGUAUCUAAGAACGAUUUUUUUUUUUGUCGCCUUGAACAUUCCCGUUUUUUAUAGGCCAACAAAAGUAUUGAAAGGUGCAUGAUUUUUUUUCCUCCAAAUGUUUUACUCGAAGCACUUGUUACUAUGUGGUGAGAAUGUGAAAAUAGUCAGCAGAAACUAUAUGAAUAUACUCUGUAUAAAGACACCAAGAAAAUAAAAAUACUGUAAGAUACAUAUUUUUGAAGUAUUGAUGACAUAAAAGUUGCUGCUCUCUCUCCCUGGCUCUACAUCAGGGCUUUGGGGGAUUUUUGGCCCGUUCAUUUUCAAUAUGUGGAUAUUUAUGUUUGUCUUCUGUUGGAGCUUUUAAUUCUAUUUGUUCAUGAUGCCUGCUUAUACAUUUGUUGUUUCAGUUUUGCUCCUUUUUUUAAUUUCAAAAACUGCUUUGUUAUACUCCUUUUAUAUAUGAAAACACACCCUUCCCCUUUCGGUCUGUAUUGUCUCUGGCAGUCGUGUUCCUCCUGUUGGUUUCUGGCCUUGGGACAGUGGAAGGUUCAUUAGCCAUGCCUGCUGAUAGUUGUUCUAUUAUUCAGUGUACUGGAAUUCUUUUAUUAAUUCAUCUAGAUACUGGAUGUGUGCUUUAGAAAAUAAACGACACAUGUUUUGAAAAAGUGCCAUCAUUUUUGAAUAUGUUCAGGUGUAUGCGGAGUUACGGGGCAUGGCCUGGUUUGUCAUUUCAAAUAUACUGUUACUCAAAGCUUUAAAUAACAAUGGGCCUCUGUGAUCUUGUUUUUACAAUUAUGCCAAGACUAAAGCUGCUGUGGCAAACACUGUGGCAAACAGAAACCCAUGUUGCUGCCCCACACAUGCUCACAGACCACUGAUGUUAAAUGGGCAGAAAGCAGCACAGAGGGUGCAUCACUUUUCACCAGGACUGUCUUAUUCAUUUUUAAUCAAAUAUGCUGUAAUCACAUGGAAAUUCCAUUCAUAGUGGUUUUAAUGUCACUGCUUUUCCACUUACAUUUGUUCACAAAAUGAUUUGCACAUGUAGUCUGCAAUUACAAAUGGUUCCUCUGUGCACUCUUAAUAGUUGCGCCUUCAUUGUUUUUCUGUUUCUUUGUGUUUUUGUUGUGGAAUAAUGUAUUCUUAAGUCUUAGAAAGAGUCAUGAAGUGGAGCCGACUCCCUGCAGGAUUAUGCAGUUAAUCUUUGACCCUAUUGUUUGGAUAUAGCUUCAUUUUCUAAUGAAACCCUCACUAUUGGUCCUUUUAUUGCAUCACAGACGAAGGAUUGUUCAAGCAGUGUGUGGGGUCAGGAAGUAUAUUUGUGUCCAUUCCUGUGAUUUCAAUUAGUCAGCUGAAGCGCCAAAAAAACCCACUGGGGACUUAAAGGGAUUUAAUCCUCUCCGGCUGUGUGUCUAUCAAUUAGCCACACCAUUAAUCCCCACGGCGUAAUCUCAUUAGAUAGAGCGCCUUUAAUGAGACACCCAGAGAGAAAGCAGAGAGGCAGGCUGGAAGAGAGAGGGAGAAAAAUGAGGUGGUGCCAAGAUGCAGGUAGGCCAUGUGGAGAGGUGAUUAGUAGGAUGGAGGAGAGGGUCAGCAGAGGGAGGGGUCCAAGGAAAGGAGGAUCAAGCACAGCGGGAACAAUGCAUAACAUUUAGAAAAUGGUUUGGGGGAAAAAAAGCUUAAAUAUGAGGGAGUGGAACAGAAUGAUACUUCAGUGUCCAGAGGGCUGGGCGGUGCAGAGGUAGAAAAGACCGGUAGAGGUGAGCAGCACUGAUGGAACGCACUGGACACGUUAAUGAGAAGUGCUUUGAUUCCCGGAGUAUCCCAGUAAUGAGAACAUCUAGUGAUAAACCUAAGUUAACCUUUACUGUGGUACAAUAAUGAAUUCUUAUGUGGACCCAGCAGAAGUGUGGACCUGUGUUAAUAAGAGAGCCAUCAUGAUGGAUUUUUAUUUCACAGCCAUUGCUCUGAAAUAAUAAUCAAAUUGGUGAAAAGUCAUCUUGGUCGCAGCCAGUCGGCAGAUAAGGAGAUUAACUUAAGGGAAGGGCUCUUUGAUGGGUUUAGCUGAAGUUCACUCGAUUUCCCUGUGGCAGAUAGGCAGAGUGAAAGAAGAAAGCAAACUCAAGUUGCCCCCUUGAUAAAUGGCAAAUAUAGACUGAGAGCUUUGCUGCUGGCUUGCAGCCAGUGCCUUGUGUGUUGUAAAUAAAGUUCUCUUCUUCAAACAUG